AUGAGCUUCAUGCCCGUCAACCCCCGCCCGAUGCUCCAGGAGCUCGUGGGCAAGCCGGUCGCCGUGCGGCUCAAGUGGGGCGAGACCGAGUACAAGGGCGCGCUCGUGUCGAUUGACAGCUACAUGAACCUGCAGCUGUCCGACACGGAGGAGUACAUUGACGGCGAGAGCACCGGCCAGCUGGGCCAGGUUCUCAUUCGGUGCAACAACGUGCUGUGGAUUCGCGGCGACGACAAGGACACGAAAAUGGAGGACUAG